AUGGCGAGGGAGGUUUUGAUCAAGUCAGGGCUUCAGUUCAACUACCGCUGCCUCCUCCGCGCCAAGGGCGAGGCCGCCGUCCGCCCGCCGCCCGCCGCCGCCGCCCGCUUCCGCGUCGAGGUCAUCGACGACGGCAUGUCCCUCUCCGUGCCGCAGCAUGACGUGGCGGCCCUCGCCGACACUAUGGGCCGCAACUACCCCGGCCCCUUCGGCGGCCUGCUGAGGAGGCUCGCCGACGAGGAGCGCACCGGGGCGCCCCCCUUCACCUGCGUCGUCGCCGACACGGCCAUGGCGUUCGCGGCCACCGCGGCCAGGGAGGCCGACGUGGCGGACGCGCUCUUCUUCAUGGCGUCCGCGGGCGGCCUCAUGGCGCACUCGCAGUUCGAAGAGCUGCUCAGGCGAGGGCUCCUCCCUCUCGAAGAUGGGAGCUGCUUGACCAACGGAUAUUUGGACACGCCACUGGACUGGGUGCCAGGGAUGCAGCAGCACAUGCGGCUGAGGGAUAUGCCGACCUUCUGCCGCAUCACGGACGCCAACGACACCAUGGUGAACGAGAUCAUCGGGCAGAUGAAGAGCGCCGCCGGCUCCAAGGCCAUCAUCCUCAACACCUUCUACGAGCUCGAGAGCGAUGUGGUGGACGCGCUCGCCAUCAUCUUCCCGCCGCCCGUGUACACCGUCGGCCCGCUAGCCCAGGUCAUCGCCUCCUCCUCCUCCGCCGCCAACGACGGCCUCGACGCCAUGGACAUCAGCAUCUGGCAGGAAGACGCGCGAUGCCUCGCAUGGCUCGACGGCAAGCCGGACAAGUCGAUGGUCUAUGUCAACUUUGGCAGCGUCGCCGUCAUGUCGGCCGAGCAGACGCGCGAGUUCGUGCUGGGCCUGGCGAUGUGCGGGUUCCCGUUCCUGUGGGUGAAGCGACCCGACAUCGUGGACGGCGACGACGUGGCGGCGCUCCCGGAGGUGUUCCGCGACGAGCUGGAGCGCGGCGGGGGCCUCGUCGUGCCGUGGUGCCCACAGCCGGCGGUGCUGAAGCACGCGGCGGCGGGCCUUUUCGUGACCCACUGUGGGUGGAACUCGCUUCUAGAGUCGGUGGUGGCCGGCCUGCCGGUUCUCGCCUGGCCGGUCUUCGCCGAGCAGACGACCAACUGCAGGCAGGUGCUUGAGUGCUGGCGGAACGGCAUGGCUCUUCCAGAGGAGGUGGAGAGCGGCGCCGUGUCGAGGCUGGUGAAGGAGAUGAUGGCCGGGGAGUUGGGGAAGGAGAAAAGGGCCAAAGCGGCGGAGUGGAGAGCCGCGGCCGAGGCGGCGGCCAUGGACGGCGGCUCGUCGUUGCGCAGCGUCGACCGACUGGUCAACGAUGUGCUGCUGCUCGGGAACAAGUGAGACUGCAUCCAUUGCUCACUUGUGUUACCACUGUUAUUCAUGUUACUUGAGUAGAGCAUCUACAGAAAUCCGACCCUCCGAUAUUUCAAAUUAGAAAUCCCGAAUACAUAU